AUGUCGGUGUCGACUGCGCAGGGCCGGCUGCUUGAGGGCGACGAGGCCACGGCUGCGUCGCCGUUGCCCCAUGCCCGGGCGCCGCCGUCGUCGCGGUACAAGGGCGUGGUGCCGCAGCCCAACGGGCGGUGGGGCGCGCAGAUCUACGAGCGCCACGCGCGCGUCUGGCUCGGCACGUUCGCGGACGAGGCGGCGGCCGCGCGCGCCUACGACGUGGCCGCGCUCCGCUUCCGCGGCCGCGGCGCCGCCGCCAACUUCCCGGGCCCAGCCGACGCGGCCGAGAUGGCGUUCCUCCCCGGGCGGCCCAAGGCCGAGGUCGUCGACAUGCUGCGGAAGCACACCUACGACGACGAGCUCCGGCAGGCGCUGCGGUCCGGCGGCAGCGGCGGUGACCGCUCCUCCCUGGGUCUGGUGGUACUCCCCCGGGUGGCGCUGUUCGAGAAGGCGGUGACGCCGAGCGACGUCGGCCGGCUCAACCGGCUGGUGGUGCCGAAGCUCCACGCCGAGAAGCACUUCCCGCCGCUCCAGGAGGGCGCCUCCGCCGACACGGCGCCGGUGCUGCUCGUCUUCGAGGACGUCGGCGUCGGCGGCGGGAAGGUGUGGCGGUUCCGGGAGAAGGGCCUUGCCGCCGGUGACACCGUCACGUUCUCGCAGGCGGCGAUCACCUACGGGGAGACUAUGGAUGUGAAGCGGCGGAUGUUCAUCGAGUGCAGGAAGCAGAAGAGGAGAGACGGCGGCUGCAGCGGCAACGACGGCGGUGAUUGCCCUGACGGCGGCGAGCGCGUCGUGAGGCUGUUCGGCGCCAACAUUGCCGCUGCGAUUGGAGCUUCAUGA